UUCCUCCUCAGUCAUGGGUGCGGGAAACUGGUCCCUCCACCCCCAGAUGCUGGGCCUGGGGGAGCUGUGCCAGGGCCAGGGACCAGGCUGGAAGUACCAACCCAGAGACCCUGGGUUUGCCUUCCCGGAUUGGGCCUACAAGCCGGAGUCGUCCCCUGGCUCGAGGCAGAUCCAGCUGUGGCACUUUAUCCUGGAGCUGCUGCAGAAGGAGGAGUACCAGGGUGUCAUCGCCUGGCAGGGGGACUAUGGGGAAUUCGUCAUCAAGGACCCAGAUGAGGUGGCCCGGCUCUGGGGCAUCCGCAAGUGCAAGCCCCACAUGAACUACGACAAACUGAGCCGGGCCCUGCGUUACUACUACAACAAGCGGAUUCUCCACAAGACCAAAGGCAAGAGGUUCACCUACAAGUUCAACUUCAGCAAAGUCGUGCUUGUCAAUUACCCACUGUUGGAUGUGGCGGCAGCUGCCACUGGUUCCCCACUCUUGCUGACCCCCAGCCCCUUUGGGGGGGCCCCUGGGCCAGACGCUCCUCCUCUCACCCCUGAGACCCUACAGACCCUGUUCUCUGCCCCACGCCUGGGAGAGCCAGGGGCCCGGACGCCCCUGUUUACUCCUGAGACGGACAAACUGCGACUGGACAGCUCUUUCCCAUUCCUGGGCUCUGGUGCCACCGGCUAUUCCAAGCCCUCCGGCCUGCUGGGUCCUUAUGGUCGCGCCUUCCCUGAGUACCCCUGGAACUUUAACCCGUACCUCACGGGUCCCUUCCCCAAGCUGCCGCCUUCUCUCUACCCCCCACACUUCUACCCAAACCCUCUGGCCAGUUCCCUGGGCCAUCUGCCCUCGGCAGGGGCAGGGGGAGGCCCCACAGCUGCGCCCCUGCUGGCUUCAACAGGGGAGGUCCUGGGCCCCGAGCGUCCUGCUGGCCUGGCAGCAGCCCCCCGCCUGGCACUUCCGGGGGCUGGGGGUGCAGAGGCUGCGCUGGGUGGGAAGGAGGACAGCGACUCGGAGCUGGAGAUUACCGACGUCAGUGGCUGCAGCUCUGACAGUGAGGGUGAUGAGGGCCUCCCGGUGCCCCCCAAGGCCAAGGCGGGCAAAGGGGGGACCGGAAGCUGA